CAAAUAUUUAAUUAAAAUUUAUAUGCUGUACUUGUACUAUUUAUAAGUUUAAUCAGCGCACCAAGAAAUAUAAAACUGCUCUAUAAGGCAAGAUUAUCAUCAGAUUUCAUUUCCCCCAUCUUCUUCAUAUCCUUGGAGAGAAGAGAGACCGAUCCAAAACCCUAAACCCGUUCCCGCGGAUUUUUCCCCUUUCACUCUUCGUUGUGGAAGGAAGGAAAGCUAUCACGGACACCAAAUGGGAGAUCCGUUGGAGAGGUUGGGAUCAGAGGCGUCAAUGGCAACGGAGUCUGGCAUGAAAACGGACUUGUGUUUAGAGAUCGAUCCUCCGUUAAGCGAAACCGUCGCCACCGCCGAAGACUGGCGUCGUUCUCUCAGCAAAGUGGUCCCCGCCGUCGUCGUACUCCGCACAACGGCCUGUCGCGCCUUCGACACCGAGUCGGCCGGUGCUAGCUACGCUACUGGGUUUAUCGUUGAUAAGCGACGUGGGAUCAUCCUCACCAAUCGCCAUGUGGUUAAGCCAGGCCCAGUAGUUGCUGAGGCAACGUUUGUGAACCGCGAGGAAAUCCCAAUCUAUCCUGUAUAUAGGGAUCCGGUCCAUGACUUUGGCUUCUUUUCUUAUGAUCCCAGUGCAGUACAGUUUCUGAGUUAUGAAGAGAUUCCUCUUGCCCCAGAGGCGGCUUCUGUUGGACUCGAAAUCAGGGUUGUUGGCAAUGAUAGCGGAGAAAAGGUUUCCAUUCUGGCGGGAACUCUUGCUCGGUUGGAUAGGGAUGCUCCACAUUAUAAAAAAGAUGGUUAUAACGACUUCAACACAUUUUAUAUGCAAGCAGCAUCAGGUACUAAAGGUGGCUCAAGUGGUUCUCCAGUCAUUGAUUGGCAAGGCAGGGCGGUAGCCUUAAAUGCUGGCAGCAAGUCGUCAAGUGCAUCAGCCUUCUUCCUACCACUUCAACGAGUUGUCAGAGCGUUGAGUUUUCUCCAGAAAAGCAUCGACUCGAGCACGGAUAAGCCAAAAGCAGUUCAUAUUCCUCGUGGUACGCUUCAGAUGACAUUUCUUCACAAAGGCUUCGAUGAGAUACGGCGACUUGGUCUCAGGAACGAAACUGAGCAGGUGGUUCGACAUGCAUCUCCACCUGAAGAAACCGGAAUGCUUGUUGUUGACUCUGUGGUGCCAAGUGGCCCUGCUGAUAAACAUUUGGAGCCGGGAGAUGUUCUUGUUCGUGUGAACGGCACAGUGCUUACGCAAUUUCUGAACUUGGAGAAUCUGAUUGAUGACGGUGUUGGCCAGAUAGUUGAACUGGAAAUUGAAAGGGGUGGACAGCCACUAUCUGUUAGUGUAUCGGUUCAGGAUUUGCACUCUAUCACUCCAGAUCACUUCCUGGAAGUAAGCGGUGCUGUAAUUCAUCCGUUGUCUUAUCAGCAGGCUCGUAAUUUUCGUUUUCCUUGUGGCCUGGCUUAUGUUGCAGACCCGGGGUAUAUGCUAUUUAGAGCUGGGGUCCCACGACAUGCUAUCAUAAAGAAGGUUGCUAAUGAGGAUAUCUCCUGUCUUGCGGAUUUAGUAUCCGUUCUAUCAAAGCUCUCUAGGGGUGCUCGUGUUCCCUUGGAAUAUAUGUCUCACACCGAUCGUCAUCGCAAGAAGUCUGUGUUAGUCACAAUUGAUCGUCAUGAAUGGUACGCACCUCCACAGUUGUAUACCCGUAAUGACAGUUCUGGUUUAUGGGAUGUGAAACCUGCAAUCGAACCUGCUGCUGUCUCACCAUCUGUUGGUAAUAGUGGUUUGCCUAUAAGUCAAAAUAUGCCUCUCUGCCAUCACGAUACAGAACCCAUGCAUGAAGUGAACGUUCGUGGGAUUACUGAUACUGCAGCUAUAAUGGAAGCCUCGAGUGGGGAUGGUUCUCAGAAUGAUUUUGGCUCAGAAGCAAAGAAGCAAAGAGUGGAAGAUGAUUCUUUAGAUGGAACGGUUGCAAACGGUUCCUUAUAUGAGAGUGAAUUUAAAUCUGAUGAUGCCAUGGCAACAGAUAAUACAGCUUUAAGAGACUACGAAGGUGCAACAGCACUGUCUGCUAAUGCUUCAUUGGCUGAACGCGCUAUCGAGCCCGCUCUUGUCAUGUUUGAGUAUACAAAACUGAAUUCAAGGUUCGGAGUUCCUACUCACCAAAGCUAUGAAGUAGUACUUAAAUUAUUUCACCAGAACAUGUUGGAUUUGGUCAAUGAACCUGCACUGCAACGUGGAGAUUCAGUUUAUCUUGUCGGAUUGAGUAGGAACCUUCAAGCCACAUCAAGAAAAUCUAUCGUAACCAAUCCAUGUGCAGCGUUAAACAUUGGGUCUGCUGAUUCUCCCCGCUACAGAGCUACUAAUAUGGAAGUAAUCGAGCUUGAUACAGAUUUUGGUAGCUCAUUUUCAGGAGCGCUGACUGAUGAGCAGGGGAGGAUUCGGGCCAUUUGGGGAAGCUUUUCGACUCAGGUUAAAUAUAGUUCCACUUCGUCAGAAGACCAUCAGUUUGUCAGAGGUAUCCCGGUAUAUGCCAUCAGCCAAGUCCUUGAGAAAAUCAUAACCGGUGGAAAUGGACCAGCUCUUCUCAUAAAUGGUGUCAAAAGGCCAAUGCCGCUUGUUCGGAUUUUGGAAGUUGAGUUGUAUCCUACUUUGCUCUCAAAAGCCCGGAGUUUUGGUCUGAGUGAUGAAUGGAUCCAAAUCCUAGUCAAGAAGGAUCCUGUUAGACGACAAGUUCUGCGUGUUAAAGGUUGCCUGGCAGGAUCAAAAGCUGAAAAUCUUCUAGAACAAGGCGACAUGGUUCUGGCAGUCAAUAAGAUGCCAGUAACAUGCUUCAAUGACAUUGAAGCCGCUUGCAGAACAUUGGAUAAGGGUAGUGACAGCGAUGAAAAUCUCAAUCUAACGAUUCUUCGACAGGGCCGAGAAUUGGAGCUCGUAGUUGGAACUGAUAGAAGAGAUGGAAAUGGAACUACAAGAGCGAUAAACUGGUGCGGGUCCGUUGUUCAGGAUCCUCAUCCUGCGGUUCGCGCUCUUGGAUUUCUUCCUGAGGAAGGCCAUGGUGUCUAUGUAACGAGAUGGUGUCACGGAAGUCCAGCACACCGAUAUGGCCUCUAUGCACUUCAAUGGAUCGUGGAAGUUAACGGGAAGAAGACUCCUGAUCUAAACGCAUUUGCAGAUGCUACAAAGGAGCUAGAACACGGGCAGUUUGUGCGUAUAAGGACUGUUCAUCUAAACGGCAAGCCACGAGUCCUGACUCUGAAACAAGAUCUCCAUUAUUGGCCUACUUGGGAGCUGAGGUUCGACCCAGAGACUGCUCUUUGGCGGAGAAAUAUAUUGAAAGCCUUAAAAUGAAAAAGCCUUUUUUAGGGUAAUUACUUACUAUGGAACGCUCCAACUUCGUUGUAUUUCUACCAAUGUUCUCCUCAAAAUCUUUCAUUAUAUCAUGAUUACUAAAAGAAUUGUCAUUACAAGUUACAGAAAAUAAAAACCAACAUCCAGUAAAAAAUGAUCAAACUAAGAUUUUCCAUGUCAUAAUUUUUAUGUUUAUGUUCUUCUCUAA